AUGAAAAGCGGACCAGCCACCACAAAGUUGAAGGGGAAGGCCUCGACCCCUAAUCUGCGGGAGAAAAAUGGCAUCAGUACUGCUGCCAAUACAAGCCAGCACCAACCCUUGAAGAAACGAUCUGUUCCAAACUUGAGAAGCAGAGCUUCAGCGCCGAAUAUGAGAAAGCGAGGCACGCCAACGUCUUUCCUGGAGGAUAAAAUGUCAUCUAAGACCCCCUUUCUCACCACGCAGACUCCGAAGAAACAGAAGGUGACAUCCACUGCUCAGCAAGAAGUUGAGGUGACGCCAGGCGGCCCGCGUUUUAUGAUGUUCAAUCAGGCCCAGGCGAUCAAGCCAGUGGACUACCAGCCAAAGCCUCAGUAUACUGGCCCGGCCGUCCCCCGAAUCAUGGGUUGUGAGCCAACUAUCACGCGGCGAAAACCAAUAGAGGUCAAACGGGAGUCCCGAAAGGAAAGGAUUUUGAAGGCUCUCAAAAAGAGACACGAAUUCAGGAAAGCCAGAUUGAGGGGUGUUAUGAAGUGUUUCAAGAACCUCAGGAUGAUCAGGACCAUGCACUUGAGCGUGAAGGCGAUGCGUCUCAACACACAAGAUCGAUUGCUUGAGAUGGAAAGCAUCGUGUCGCUGGAUUAUCGAAGGUAUUCUGAAAUGUCAGCGUACAGUGACCGGGGAAAUGACCUAGAGAGCUCAGAAGUCAAGUCUUCAGAUAGCCUCCAUUGCCCAGGAAUUGAAGGAACACCUACAUCUUUGUCAGUGAAGGAAGACGAAGACCACACAGUGCGUCGCUCUCUGCUACCGUUUCGAGCCUGGUUACCUCUGAUGCAAGACAAUUCAAACCCAUACCUCGAAGCAUCUGACGAGGACGCCUACACUAGAGCCCCAGCAAAUUCUCCCUCUUUCCCCCAAGAUAGCAGCACUCAUUCCUUUUUUCAUUCUCUACCCACCCCUCAAACUCAUUCUUCCCCCAAAUCCCUAGACGACAUUUCUCCACGAUCAUCUUUAUCAAGCUCUUCUGACAUCACCAUCACUCCCCUGAGAAUAUACAAGAAGUCUGUAAUGGCCUUGGAAUCAGGUCUGGAGGCACAGGACCCCUUUGUGGAUUCUCCCACACUGGAGAAUCGUAACACAAGCGACGAAGGUGACAAUAUUCAGCAUGCGCCCUCUAAAGCCAAACCAACAUCGACGUUGCAGACAACAGUACGGGGUCGCGGAGAUCACAACACUCGCAUUCCUCGACCACCUGUCCAGAAGCUCAGCCUCGGAGGAAAUCAGGUAAGAGGAUGUGUUAGCCCAGAGCGGAGCAGCUCUAUUCCGGUUGCGCUUCGCAAGGUCAGCAAAGACAAGCCGAGUACUCCUGAAGGCGGUUCCGGUGAAGUUCCAGUAAAAAGCAUUCGUGUUGUUGAGAAAGCCGCCGCGUCUCAUGAGACACCUCCCCAGCCUGAAGCAAAAGCGCAACAGGAGCAUGGCUUUGAUCAAAUCCACCAGGUUUUUGUCGAAGAACUUCUGACUUCGCCUGCGUCAUCGAAUACCUCCUCUUCUGAUACCGAAUGGAAGGCACAAGUAUUGGAGCGCCCAACAGGGUUCACAGGUGAUGACCGCCGUCCAAAUGAACGAUCGAGUCAGCGUUUUUACGGACCGCGCCUCCACAUUGCAGCUUCAGCUGAAGAGAUCAUUAUGGGGCCUGAAAGCCGUUCGGUUGCACCGCAUUUAUCUUCGCCACACCUUGUCCGAAUUGUGUCCAGAACCGUCACAGAGUCUGAUGCUCACGAGGAACCUGCUGAAGACCAGUUCUUCCAACAGGAAGCGGGCUUCGUUGAGAAGAAGAUUGAUCAUGAUACAUCAACUGGAAGCCCUGUAGCUUCUCGUAAAUCUUGCCGACCCCAACCCUCUUUCGAGAGUAUGCCUAAGCGGGACUUCAGCAGCCGUGAGCUGUCAAUCCCUCGAAAGCCUGUUGGCAGCCCAAGUUCUUCUAGCAUCUUCAGUUCGAGUCCGGAUAAAGAGUCAAAGGUGCCUAUUGUGCCUAAGAUCCCGGAUGAGCACAAGGUCUCUCUCAACAAAGAUAAACCUUUGCCUGAAUUGAAAUCAAAUGAGGUCAUGUCUUCUGGGAACACCGAUGCUUCAACCCAGAGAGUCGCGGCUACAGUCGAUGACAGUUCCCAUCCUCUGCGAGUAUUGUCCAUGCAUGCAAUAUGCGGUGCGCCUGCUCAAGAAGGACCGAGCGCUCCAAUCCCAGUUACUCCGAAUGAGUUAAACAAGAAUGCAACCUUUGAUGAAAUCAUAAUCAAGAGUGCCGAGGCAGAGCACCUCGAACCACGUGGCACUACGAGCAAGAUCCCGGAAUCAAAGAGCAAUAGGAUGCUUGAUAGCUUUCGCAGCAUCUUCAAGCACAAGGGUAGUAUCGAUAGAGGACGAUUGAGAAACUAUGAUGGCGUCGAAGUAGCAACGGAAGGGGCUGCAGCCAAGGCCCUUAGCGGAACAGCUAGUCGUUCCAAAAAGGACGACAGCAAAUCGGAUUCUGUCAGACCGGGGUCUAAACUGCGGACCAAAUAUUCCAAAUUGCCGGACAGUGUUUCGUGGAGCAGGGGCCCCCGCAAUAUCAGUGCUCCCAUUCAUGUCUCCCCGGGGGCUUUUCCAACACCAACUUCCUCACUAUCCAUCCCUGCACCUUCUUUCCGAAGCCAUGAAGUGGAUCAAACACCAUCGUUCGCCAGGCCAACUAAAUCGACACGUACUCGGGCUGCCACAAACCCGAAAGUGCAAACGCCCGUUGGUAGUACUGAUGGACGAACUCGCAGAAUUUCUACCAUGGCAGCUUCCACUGGUAGCCCACAACGUUCUCAUCGCUUCCCACGGUAUGCGAGUGCGUCUUCAGCUUCUAGGAAGGCCGAUCAGAUGACUUUGGCGACUCAAAAGCAACCCGAGACCAGUAUGAUGUCUAAAGAUACUCCAGUCCAAGAGGCUCAGUCUCAGGAAGACCCAGAUCACGCCUUGUCGAGGAGACAUGAGGAGGUCAACACGUUCAUUGGUGUUCUCUGCCAGAAACUCUGCCUUGAGACCGAGGAGAAUAGACGAACUCGAUAUCUAAGAUACCUACUAUCUCUUCAGCAGUCUCUCAACGAGGUCAAGAAUGCGCGAAGAGAAGUUGACGAAGCCGAGGCAAUGCUUCGGAAGAAGAAGUCUCAGCGAACUGCUGCGGAAAGCUCCCUUUUCGAGAAAUAUCGGGUCGCGCUGAACCGUAUCGACACUAUUGAAUAG